AUGGCCGCCUCAGGCGUGACCACCCCGCCGCCGGCGCCCAAUGGCGACAUCACUCCCGAUCUCGCUUGGGUCGUGCAGAAAUUUGGCGGGACCAGCGUGGGCAAGUUUGCGAACAACAUCGUCGACCAGAUUAUCUUGCCCAGCUGUGCUGAGCAAAGAAUCGCCGUCGUCUGCUCAGCUCGAAGCAGUUCUACAAAAGCUGACGGAACUACGAAUAGAUUAUUGCGUGCAGCACGAGAUGCCGAGAGCCCCAAGUCGCGAUCAUAUGACAUCCUGGUGGAAGCCGUGCGCCAAGAACACGUUGAAGUUGCCGAGCAGCAAAUAAGGUCUCCCGAGUUGAAGAACCGGUUGAUCGAGGAGAUUAACAGCGAAUGCACCUAUGUCUUGAAGAUACUCGAAGCGGCCAAGACCCUGGGCGAGACUAGCGCACGAUGUGUCGAUAAAGUGAUUAGCGCGGGCGAGAAGCUCAGCUGUCACUUUUUGGCUGCCCUGCUACAGGAUCGUGGUGUAGACUCGGAAUACGUUGAUCUUUCUGACAUUGUCGAUUUCCCUGUCAGCAGCAAUGGCCUGGACCAAGAAUUUUACAACAACUUGGCUACUGCCCUGGGAUCCAAAAUCCAGGCGUGUGCGCCCAAGGUGCCCGUCAUCACAGGGUACUUUGGACCCGUCCCCGGUGGACUACUCGACAAGGUUGGCCGUGGCUACACAGAUCUUUGCGCUGCCCUCGUUGCGGUAGGCGUCAAAGCAAAAGAACUUCAAGUCUGGAAGGAGGUUGACGGCAUAUUUACGGCUGAUCCUCGAAAAGUCCCAACCGCUCGUCUGCUACCGGCCAUCACGCCUGCCGAGGCGGCCGAGUUGACGUUUUAUGGAUCCGAAGUUAUUCACCCUUUUACCAUGGAGCAAGUGAUUUGCGCGAGAAUACCGAUUCGGAUCAAGAAUGUGAUGAACCCCAAAGGAAGCGGCACCAUCAUUUUCCCCGAUUCACUCGUCGACCUCGAGAGAAUAGUCGGCGGCCAGGAAGCCAAGCUGAUUCGCACGAGAAGCUCAAGCGUCGUUUCGGCGCAGCUCCAGGGCCCCAAGCGGCCCACUGCUGUCACCAUAAAACACAAAAUCUUAGUGAUCAACGUGCAUUCAAACAAGCGCUCCCUCUCACAUGGGUUUUUCGCCGGUAUCUUUUCUGUGUUGGACCGAUGGCGGCUGUCUAUCGACUUGAUAUCCACAAGUGAGGUGCACGUUUCCAUGGCCCUUCACUCUGAAAUGCCGCUCCUCAAUGGGGUUGGGCAAGACGAGUACCAGAUUAUUGAUGAAGACCUGCGUGGCGCUAUCGAGGAUUUGCGAAAUUACGGAACGGUCGAUAUUAUCCCCGAAAUGGCGAUCCUGAGCCUGGUGGGCAAACAAAUGAAGAAUAUGGUCGGCGUCGCUGGACGUAUGUUCUCAACGCUGGGGGAGAACAAUGUCAACAUUGAGAUGAUUUCACAAGGCGCGAGUGAAAUCAACAUCUCGUGUGUUAUUGAAGAACGAGACGCAGACCGUGCGAUAAACAUUCUCCAUACAAGCCUUUUUACCUUUUUGGAUUAA